GGAAGAGGGGCUGUCGAACAGCUUGAUUUCCUUAGAUCAUCAGAUAUUCACACUUUGUAGAAAUUGGUUCCCAAACAUGUCAACAUUUAUUAAGCAGGAACCUGCUAGCGAUACUGGUAUACUUGAGCAUUCUCAGUCAACUCAGCUGCAUGCGUUGCGAGCCCUUGUCGCUUUACAAGAUGGUUUGACGGGGACAAUGGUGGAUCUCCAGCAAAUCGUCCAAUGGUUCCAGCAAACAACGCCUGUCUCAUCUGAUAGUGUCGAUAUCACACCUUCUGUUAUUCAGGAGACGUUGGAACAACUGGCCAAAACCGGAGUUGUUCGAUGCCAAACUAUGGCAGUUCCGUUUGAGAGAAGGGCCAAAGUUGCAAGUGAUGAGGAAAGCAAAGUGAACAAAGGGCAGAAAUAUAUGCCCGAAUACGGUUUUGCAUUGAGUGAACCUAUUCGCGGUCGAAUCCGUGCAGCGCGGCGGAAGAAGCAAGGAGGUGAAGAGGCUGUUAUUAGCAUCCUUAAGGACAUCCUUUGCAACACUGAUCAUCCUGAUGCUGAAAACGGAACUGGACGACCAAAGCGGACUAGAAUCAAGAAAGAGCGACCAGACUUUGAAGUUAUUGUACCUGCGAAACAUUCCCGUAGUCGCGGACGUCCCACCAUCAAGACAGAAGCUCUUGAUCAAAGCGAGCCGUUACCCAAAAAGGUCAACACACCGAGAACUGCUAAAAUAACGACACCUGCCAAGAAGGCAACCACGUCAAAAAAAGUAGCAUCUCCCAAAAGAACAACAAUUGCAAAGAAAGCCGCAACCAAGAGGAAAGCCGAAGCUACAAAGGAAGCUGCCGAUCGACCCAUUAAAACCCCAACAUCCGCGCGUGCUCGUCGAGCCGCAGAUACACGCCUAGCAUCUAGCUCAAGCUCCAUGCCAAGCAUUACUGGCAAACGUCGUCGAGCACCUUCACCAUUACCCACACCGUCGCCGUCUCCCACCAAAAGGCCAACCAAGCGUACCAGAACGCGUGUGCCGGUUGAGAAGACCGUUAAAGCCAUCAAACCGACUCCUUCGCGAUCUACUCCCAGAACUGUGAAGGAGCCACGGCGAACAUCGCCCAGGGGCCGCUCUGCGAAAAACACUGUGUCAGAGGAGAAGGUGUCUGAGACAACGCGGAUGGACAUUGACGAAGUGAUUUAUCAGGAGGAAGAACCAGUCAAAGAGGGAUUCCGAUCUUUCAUUACUCAGAAUUGUACCAUCAUGUAAAACAGGUUGUGUAAAGCGCUGAACAGCGAUAUACAAUUGCUGUGAAAUGCUAAAGAAAUAAUCGAGUUGCAUUUUUGAAAAACCA